UAAAUCUACAAGUUUUAUUUUUCACAGAAACUUGUCUAAUUAUUUGCAUUUAUCAAGAAUUUUGUCGAAUUCUGUGUUUAUUUUAAUUAUUAUAAAAAGCUGAAUGACGUAAAAUGUCGAAGUCGACGCCUAAUCUACCAUGGGUGGAGAAAUAUCGACCAGAAUCGCUCGAUGACCUGAUUUCACACGAAGAUAUUUUGAGCACAAUAUCUGGAUUCCUUGCGCAGAAUAGACUUCCCCACCUUCUGUUUUAUGGACCACCAGGCACGGGCAAAACGUCCACAAUACUUGCGUGUGCGCGGAAGUUAUAUUCGACAACCCAGUUUAACUCGAUGGUUCUUGAACUUAACGCUUCGGAUGAUCGAGGGAUCGGGGUCGUGAGGAACCAAAUCUUAAGCUUCGCGAGCACUCGUACAAUCUUUAACAAAGGUUUCAAGUUGAUUAUCCUCGACGAAGCCGAUGCGAUGACGAAAGAUGCACAGAAUGCGUUGCGGAGGGUGAUGGAAAAGUUUAUGGAGAACACGAGGUUUUGUCUCAUCUGUAAUUACUUGACUAAGAUUAUUCCUGCCAUCCAAUCACGAUGCACCAGGUUCAGGUUCGGACCGUUAACCACCGAUAAAAUAAGUUCAAGGUUGGAAUAUAUCAUCAAGGUUGAACAACUUAAUGUCACAGAGGACGGUUUGAAUGCUUUGGUGACCUUGGCCAACGGUGACAUGAGGAAAGCUUUAAAUAUUCUACAAAGUUCAUCCAUGGCUUAUAACGAGGUGGAUGAGGAUGGGGUUUAUAAAUGCACAGGUCGGCCAAGGAGAGAUGAUAUCAAGAAGAUUAUGAAAUGGAUGUUAAAUGAAGAUUACACGACCGCGUAUCGAUCCAUCAUGGAACUAAACAUGACCACCAGCAUGGCUCUGCAGGAUAUCAUUGAACAAAUCCAUUUAUUCGUGCACGAGGUUCAUUUCCCCGUGGCCGUGCGGAUUUAUUUGCUGGACAAACUUGCGGACAUCGAACAUCGACUUGCGUCGGGCACGAGCGAAAAGUUACAACUUGGUUCGUUGGUGUCGGCGUUCCAACACGCGAGGAACAUCGUGGCAGCGAAGUAAGGUUUGUCGCACGCCCAACUUUUACAUUUCCUGCACAAAAUUUAAUAAAAUAAAAUAUGACAAAUAUGACACUCUUAUGAUGAUGUCAUAAUAAGUCAUCCCUUUGUUGAUGACAUCACAUUGUGUAUUAUGACACAAAGUUUGAACCAGUUUGACUUUUAGGCCUUUUCUCAUAUUUGGGGUUUUCCCUCCUUUUGUUCAGCCAUUGUUUACGAGCAAAAUCUUAAUUACAACUGAAUAAACAUCACAAUGGUUUCGUAUUCA